AUGGAAUUCUUGCUUCUGAGAUUUACUGAGAACCAGAUGCUCUUGAGGCUACAUGCUGUGUUUCUCUUCCUGAUCUACCUACUGGCCAUAGUGGAGAAUUUAAUUAUCAUGUUCCUCACAAUUCUUGACCAACACCUCCACACUCCAAUGUACUUCUUCCUAAGGCAUUUAUCCUUCUUAGAUAUGUGUCUCAUUUCUGCCACAGUCCCCAAAUCCAUCCUCAAUGCCAUCACCUUCACUGACUCCAUCUCUUUCCUGGGUUGUGUGUUACAGCUCUUCCUUGUGGUACUAAUGUCUGGGUCCGAGAUUGGCAUUCUCACUGCAAUGUCUUAUGACUGCUAUAUUGCCAUCUGUCAUCCUCUGCAUUAUGAAGCUGUUAUGAGCAAAGAGGUCUGUGUCCAGCUGGUGUUAGUCUCCUGGCUCAGUGGAGGGGUCUUCAGAAUCUUGUACUCAGCUGGGACAUUCUCUUUAAAAUUUUGUGGGUCCACUAAGAUACAUCAGUUAUUUUGUGAUGUGCCUGCCCUACUGAAGCUCACUUGUUCUGUGGAACAUGCAACUAUUAAUGUCAGUGUGGCCAUUGGGGUCUGUUAUGGAUUUGUGGUCUCUUAUGUACAUAUUUUCUCCACUGUGUUAAAUAUCCCAACCAGACAGAAACAGGGCAAAGCCUUUUCCCCCUGCUUGCCUCACCUGAUUCUGGUGACUACAUUCCUUCUAACAGGUACUAUUGCUUAUUUGAAGCCAACCUCUCAUGAGCCUUCUCUCCUGGACUUGUUCAUGUCUAUGUUCUAUUCUGUGGUACCUCCCACCUUGAACCCUGUUAUCUACUGUCUGAGGAGCAAAGAUAUUAAAUUAGCUCUUGCUUAA